GCAGCAGCUCGUGUCCGACCGUUUAUGCAAAUGAGCUCUACCCGAAUAUGGACACGGGGAAUGAAAUAUGGUGGAGGAGGCGAACAUGGAGGAUCCGAGAACCGUGAGAGCUCCGCGGUAGUACUCUUAUUUUAUUUAUUUAUUUUCACUCGUGGGGCGGCUUCGAAAAGGACAAACUCGGAUGUACUCCCGGCCGAACUUUGGGGUAAAGUUUUACGCGUUAGCCCCCGUUAUUCGCGCCGACGUCGAGUCCGUUGUAAUGCAGUGAAGACCCGACUUCUCAAACUCGGGGGUGGUGCUGCGGCGGCGGCGGCGGCGGUGGAGGAGGAGGAGGCGGCGGAGGCGGCGGCGGCGACUACGACGGCGGUGGUGGUGGUGGGGGGGGGACACGAAGCAGGGCAGAGGGCUCCGGCCGGGCGCACCGUCCCGACGCGAUGCCGUGGGUCAGCGGCGGGAAGCGGACGGAGAGCGCCGAGCUGCCGCUGCCGGCGGGCUGGGAGGAAGCCCGGGACUACGACGGGAGGCUGUUCUUCAUCGACCACAACACCCGGCAGACGUCGUGGAUUGACCCCAGAGAUAGGAUCACGAAGCCACUGACGUUUGCUGACUGCGUCGGGGACGAGCUGCCUCUCGGGUGGGAGGAGGUCUACGACCAGCAAGUGGGGGUUUACUACAUCGACCACAUCAACAAGACCACGCAGAUCGAGAACCCGCGGACUCAAUGGCGCCAGGAGCAGGAGCGCAUGCUGAAGGAGUACCUGGUGGUGGCCCAGGAGGCCCUCAAAGCCAAGAAGGAGAUGUACCUGGUCAAGCAGCAGCGUCUGGAGCUGGCCCAGCAGGAGAUGCUGCUCCUCCACGAGCUCUCUGAGGACAACCGCUCCAUCACCAGCGCGCUCUCUGGCUCCUCCUCCAACUCCAAAUACGACCCCGACCAAAUAAAAGCGGAGGUGGCUUGUAGGCGAGAGCGGCUCUCCAGACUGAAGCAGGAGCUGGCCCAGGUGAAGCAGGAGCUGCAGUAUAAGGAAAUGGGAGUGGAGACCCUGCAGGAGAUCGACAGGAAGAUGUCCUGCAGUCAGACCAACUACAAGCUGGACGAGGCUCAGGCCAUCUUCAGCGAGCUGCGCAGCAUCAAGAAGUCCAUCAGCACGGGCGAGAAGGAGAGGCAGGACCUCAUCCAGAGCCUGGCGAAGCUGACGGUGAACUGCCAGAACAGCUCGUCUGUCCACGAGGUCCCCGGAGGGCCCCCGGCCCCCCCCAGGGACCUGCAGCAGUACUGUGACACCGGCUCCCAGACGGACAUCAUGGGAGAGUACCAAGACUCCUCGCACUUAGUGGACAAAGUCAAAGUCAACUGGCAGUACGAGGAAGCAAGAAGAAGUAAGGUGCAGAGCGUUCAGCACCAGCUGGCGCAGCUGGACAGCGAGAGCUGGACGGGCCGGGCCGAGGCGGACCGGGACCGGGACUUCAUGCAGCUCCUGCGUGAGAAGGAGGCGCUCCUGCAGGAGCUGGUCCUGGUGGGUAAGCAGCGGCACUCCGAGGAGCGGCUGCUGCAGCUGGAGGAGAAGCGCUGCCGGGUGGAGGAGGAGGUGCAGCGGGCCCACGGCUCCCAGAGCCAGGGAGCCAAUCAGAGGAUCCUGCAGCAGGAGAAGAGGAACGCGCUGCUGCGGCAGCUGGAGGAGGCCACGCGCAUCACCACCUACCUGCACUCGCAGCUCAAGAGCCUGUCCGCCAGCUCCCUGACGGUGUCGUCCAGCAGCAGCCGCGGCUCUCUGGCCUCCAGCCGCGGCUCCCUGGCCUCCAGCCGCGGCUCCCUCAGCUCCAUCAGCUUCAGCGACAUCUACGGCCUUCCCCAGUACGAGCGCCACGACGGGGCCGGCGAGCCGCUGGACCCCCACCUGCGCUACCUGCUGCAACCGGAGCCCGCCUCCAGGGACGGCCUGGUGUUCGCCCACGACCCCCCGACCCACGGCAAGAGCAAGCGCUCCCACGACACCCCGCAGUCCCUGGCCUCGCUCUCCUCCCGCUCCUCGCUGUCCUCGCUGUCGCCGCCCAGCUCUCCCAUGGACACGCCCUACCACUCGGCCCCCCAGGACUGCCCCCUCACCCAGAUGACGGAGGAGUACAUGGAGCAGGCGGGCCGCGGGCUGCUGGAGGGGCUGCGGGGUCAGACGCAGCCGCCGCCCCCCCACGCCGGCGAGGACGCGCCGGGCCCCGCCGGCGUGCCCCAGCCGGACGGCAAGGGCCACCGGGACGCCGCCACUCAGGGCGCCUUCUCCUCCACAGGAGUGACUCUCAGGGGAAACGGCGCCAACAGAAGCGGGCGGCGGGCUCGGAGAGUCUCCGUGGGCGUGUCCGAAGACGCUCUGGCCACAGACAGCGGCGUGUUCGAGGCCUGGGGCAGAAGAGCCGAGGAGUCCGACGAGAUGUCCUUCAUCAAAGACCUGACGCCUGUGAGCGAGCCCACCCAGAUCCAACUGGGUCUUCUGUGGGAGUCUGCCUCUCAGUCUCUGCGGCUCCAUCUGCUGCAGCUGAAGAAUUUGAACAGGUCCAUCGUGAGAGACGGAUAUAAAGUGUACGUGAAGGUGCACCUGAUCCCUCUGGACGCCGGCCGGGCCUGCGCCUUCUACUGCUGCACGCCGCUGGAGCCUCAGACCCUGAUGACCUUCAACGAAGGCUUCCGCAUCCCCGUCGCCGCGGGCGCCCUGGCGGCCUGCGGCCUGCAGCUCUCCGUCUGCUCGCAGGGACCCGAGGCCCAGGAGGAGCUGCUGGGUUCGGCCCAGAUGAGCCUGGCCGACUGCGAGGGCAGUGCAGAGAUGGUUUACCACUGGCUGAGGACGCCGGAGACGACCCGCCCCGAACAGAAGGGCGCCGGCCUGCGCAGGCACCAGGACGGCCAGGAGGAGGAGCCGAGGGCCAGAGCCACGGACUCUAUGCUGCCCCGCACCACCCCGACCCCCCCCACCACCACCACCCCCCCCCAUCUGGAGGAACGGGAGGCCGAGCUGGAGCUGCAGAGGGCGGAGAAGAAGAAGAAGGAGGCGUCAGCGUCUGAGAGGAGCUGGCAGGCGGAGUCGAUGGACAGCGGCUGCAGCAACAGCGCCGCGUUCACAGCUCCCUUCUCAGAGUGUGCGGAGGGCGUCAGCGGGGGGGGGCGCUGUGACCAGCCAAGCAGCCGACUCUCCGCAGUGAAGGUGGAGAAGGCCACCAUGACCGAAGGCCUGUUCCCGGAGCCGGUGCGGGUCCGGCCCAAAGAGAGGGAGAGGGGGGGGGCGCGCUGGGGCCACGCCUCCCCUUUCAUGCGCGGCAGCACCAUCGUUCGCUCGCAGACCUUCUCUCCGGGGGCUCGCAGCCAGUACGUCUGCAGGUUGUACCGCAGCGACAGCGACAGCUCGACGCUACCAAAGAAAUCUCCGUUUGUGAGGAACACGUUGGAGAGGAGAACGCUGCGAUUCAAACAGCAGUCGUACCGCUCCUCCCUGGCCGAGCAGCCCACGCGCACCUCCCUGGACCUGGAGCUGGACCUCCAGGCCUGCCGGACGCGUCAGAGGCAGCUGACGGAGGAGCUGAGCGCUCUGAGGGAGCUGAAGCUGCGGCUGGAGGAGCCCGCCGAGCUCCCCCACUGGGCCCUGAGGGACGAGCGCUUCCGCUGCCUGCUCCGAGAGGCCCAGAGACAGGCCAAUCAGAGCGAGCAGGAGCAGCGGCAGGAGGAGGCGGCCGAGCGGAGGCUGAGGAAGGCCUCCAAAGAGGUGCUGCAGAUGAGGGGGCAGAGCCACAAGGAGCCCCUCCCUGUGCAGACAUUCAGAGAGAAGAUGGCUUUUUUCACGAGACCAAGGUUCAACAUACCUCCUUUGCCAGCUGACGACGUAUGAGACAGGAAACAUGAAGUAUUUAUCACGUGAGCUCAUGAAGUACAAAUAUCUGUUUUUAGUUUUUUCUACACGGUGACACAAAGAUGAGGGUGAAGUUUUUCUUACAAACACGAACACACUAAACUUGUCGGCUGUUCAUUUUGUUGGGGGGGGGGGGGGGGGGGGCGGUCACGCCUCUCACGAGGAAACACAUCUGUAUCAGUUACUUGUGUUGCUUGUGCUUACAAAAAGCUGGAAGACGGGAACAAAAGUAGCUUUGGACAAAUUCACUGUACUGUAACUUAUUUUAUAGUACUUUUCCUUGAAGGAAAUUUAAAAAAAAAAAGACGCUUCCUGCUUUUUUUAAGUGUAGCUUUGAACAAAUAGCACUUCAAUGUUUUUACAUACAGUUUAAUGGAACUAUUGUUUUCUGUUACUUUAAUUCUUAAGAGUUAUUUACAUAAUGUCACUUUGUAAUCCACUUUUAUUACAGAUGCCAUUACCAUUUUGUUAUUAAUAUUAUUACUUUUCAAUAUAUGGAGGGAUAUACGAGACACUGUAUUCAGAUUUUUUGUUUUUUAAUGAUGUCUGUAUAACAUCUGCAGUGUUGCCUCUUGUGAAGAUCAAACAAAGAACCCUCUGAACGUC